AUGUCACCAGCUACUUCGCCAUCUGGAAGAAAGACCAAAGACGCAUCACAAAUAAAGAGAAGAAUCACACAAGCCUGUAUUCUGUGUCGAAAGAAAAAGAUCAAAUGCGAUGGUGCCAAGCCAGAAUGUGUUCACUGUCAAGAUGCCAAUCUACAAUGUCAAUACACAGAAUACAAAAAGCGGGGACCUCAUAAAGGCUAUGUUAGAUUACUAGAAGAGAGAUUGGUACAAUUAGAACGAAGAUUGACAAAUGCUGGAGCGGAGGUACCUCCACCAAUCUCCAUCAAUUCACCAACACAGCAGCAUUACAGCAACAACAACUCCACAGUCAAGGAGGAAACAUCAUCAUCAUCGUUGAUGACAAAUAAGCAGCAGGGCGAGGACGAUGAUUUCCCUCCACCGGAAAUUGUUACUCACUUGAUCGAUUUAUUCUUUCAGUACCUCAACUCGGUGUUCCCCUUUGUUCACCGUGCCAGAUUAAAGCAAUCCAUCAAGGAAGGAACUGUAUCAAAGCCGCUGUUAUGGGGUGUUAUGGCGAUUGCUGCAAGAUUUUCAGAUCACCCCAGUAUAAAGACCGAUCCGCCAUACUGGGCAGGCGAGAAGUUCGCCAUGAAAGCAACCUCACUCAUCAACGCAACACUGCUGGAGCCUACAAUCCCAAAUUUACAGUUCUGGGGUAUCAUGUCUUGUUUGGAAUACGGUAGAGCGUCUGGUUCAAAAGCUUGGAUUUAUGGCGGUAUUGCAGUAAGAAUAUGUCAAGAAUUGGGAUUGAACAAGGAAGAGACUCUUGCAACCCCGAUAUUGGCAGUAGAUGGAUCCAUUGAUCAUGUGGCUAUGGCAUUGCGUCGCCGUAUCUUCUGGAGCACUCUUUGUAUUGACAAGUUUGCUAGCACUAGUACAAAUCGUCCGCAAGGUUUCGACAUUGGUGAAUACGACGUUGAACCUCCGACCCUCAGUGAAAGUCGUCUCUUGAGAGAUCCACUACAGGGUUUCACAAUGGAUCGCCUUGUCAUUGCCAAUGAUCCCUUGAUGGACGUCAUUCCAUACUAUCUUCGUGUGUUGGAGCGGUUCGGUGAGAUUGCAAAGUACAUGAGCAGAGCCAAAACAGCAGGUGCAACAGUUGCAUGGCCACCUAUCAACGAAUUUAGUGAAUUAGAUGCUAAAAUGCGUCAAUGGCGAGAGGACCUUCCAGAAAUCUAUCAGUUUACACCAGCGAAUGUUAAGAAAUACAGAGAUUCAGCCAGCCAAAACUACAUCAACUUCUGGAUCUGCUCACAUGCCAUGUAUUGCACCGGCAUGUUGGCUUUGCACCGUGGUAGCUUAGCAUACAAUGAUCUGUCAGUAGCAGAAUUAUCGCAAGACAUCUAUGAUCGUAUCCAAGCUAGUAUCAAAGCAUGCAAAGCCAAUGUAGAGAUUGCAAUGGACGUUUUCAAAGCUUUGCGAGAUAUUUGUGGCUGGAACGUUCUGCCAUACAUGGGCUAUUGUGCUUACAUCUUUUCCACUGUGCUCAUGACGUCGGCAUUCUCUUCAGAUCCUGUUUCCUAUCAAAAGAGUAGUGCUGGUUUGGCCAUUCUGUUUGAUACAAUCAAGCUGUUGGGUGCCUACUGGCCCAUGAGUGAAAGGCUGUCGCUGACGACUCGCGAUAUGCUUUCUGCUCACAGCCGACUAUACGAUGUUCAGGAACAAGAGUAUAACUAUGAAGCGUCGAGAAUGGCCCACCCUAUGCAACAACAUCAACAAGCAUCACCACGGCAACAGGGGAUGCAGAUGCAACAACACCAAUCACUGCAGCCUUCAGCUUCGAUUCAACAGCAACAGCGUCAACACCAUCAACAACCGCCACAGCAGCAGCAACCUCAGCAUCAGCUUAGUAGUCCAGAUGUUGACUCGUUAGCUUCCAUUUCCACCGUAGAAAAUUCAAAUAUUCCCCCCACUUCAUCAUCCAUGUCAUACUCUUCAUAUGUUUCAAAUAAUAGCCUCAUGCCAAUUCAACCACAACCACAGCCUCAGGAUCAAUCGCAGCAACAGCAGCAACCAUUGGGUAGCUACCAGCAGUUACAGCAAGGAAACAUCAAUAACAAUGAUAUCGAUUUCAACAGCUGUGAAUUCCUCUACGAUUCUGCCUUGUUUGGACAAAUCAUAUUCGAUACUUCGAGAGGAGGUAGUGAUGUCAACAUGGCGCCUCCGUAUUCAAUUCCCAUGUCCAUGUCAAAUACGUCUAAUGCAUACGCACCUUACCAACAACAACUGCCGCCUAAGCAAACAACUGCACCAUGGGGCGUUUGA